AUGUCUUCGAUUCAGCGUAUCUUACUGGACCCCGCCAAUCAUGACAUGCUUGCUAUUCUCAAGGGAGCAAGGAACGGCUUGGUAUAUGGAGUUAAAAUUCGAUUUCCUCACGCGUUGGUCAUGACUCUUCUCUUCUCAAACAAGCCAUGGCCUGCGAAGAUAAAAGGCAUAUUCACGGCGACCCGUACACACGCUCUGAACUUGUGUAAAUUCGUUACCAUUUACAAGCUCCUACUACUUCUGCAGAAAAGAUUGAAUGGAGGGAAAGAAAGGGAUUUAGAUACGUUCGUUGCUGGUGGAUUGGGUGGUUGGUGGGUUUUCGGUGAGAGGACGCCAAUAAACGAGCAAAUAGUACUUUAUGUGAUGUCUCGAGUUCUCCUCUCAUUCUUACCACGACUUUAUUCAUCUUCGAAACCACCUUUAACGCCAGUUUCACCUCUGUCACACCCACUACCUUCCCUCACUUCUCCUCAAGCAAAUCCUAAAUCCAUCCCACCAGCUCAGCUGCCCUUUGCAAUAGUCAGCGCGCUAAGUUGGGCUGGAGUCAUGUACAUGUUCAGGCAUAGAGGAGAGAGAAUACAGCCUGGUAUGGGAAAUAGUAUGCGUUAUCUGUACCACGAUUCUGAUGCCUGGACAAGUCUGAAGACUCUACUCUGGCACAAUAAAUAA